AUGGAUGAUCGAAGCCCUACAACAGCCGUAAAAAUGAAUGGGCUCACCUCAAGUUGUAGUCAGAAUGGAAAUACAAUGAAGGGGAAUGGCAGUAACAUACCGGCAUUACGCAUACAGCCGGACACUCCUGUACCACCCUCAUGUGGCACCACACCCAUCCCUCCCCUUGGUCAGGACAAGACCAACAUUCAACUACCAGCUCUGUCCACAACCCGCAAUGUUGUAAAUCAGGGCAAGCCCACACAGAAUGGAUCAACCCCACGAAGCAUGGGUCAUCACCAAGCUAGUAACUUCUUCCAUACACGUCAUAUCAAGUCGGAUAUGAAUGGAAUGAUGGGACCAAUGUGUAUGGGAAUUAAUCCACGCAACCGAUCAGUAGGGCAUCAAGUUCAGCCAUCCAACCAAACUGUACAGCAACAGAACUUACACAUUCCCAACCGUCUGGAGACGUCCACUCCUACACCCAGUGAAGUCUCCAGCAUCAGAUCAACUCCACGACCCUCGGCCCAGACCCCAACCUUGCAGGAUCGUGUAACAACGCCAUCUUUCAAUGGGAAUGACAAACAUGUUUUCUUAGAGCCUUUCCCUGUCACUAAGAGUGAGUGGAACCCUUAUAAGCCUUUGCCACAUGUCCAGAAUGGCAGCAAUGGCACCUCUGUUACUACAGCAAGUGAAAUGGAUCGCCAAUCCAAUUGCUCCAAUGGUAUGAUUCCUAGUGCUACCUGUUCGCUAUCUCCAUACCAACACAUGGAGACAUCACCAUCUGGCUCCAACUUCACGUCAAGCCCACGCAACUCGGCACAUGUAAGGAUGCAUGGAACAAAGCGUGCCCUGUCAAUCUCUCCAAUUGGCUCUGAUGGAGUGGAUCUCUACUCCCUUAUAAGGACGUCGCCCACAUCUUUGGUGGCAUAUAUAAAUGGGUCUCGUAGCUCAUCCACAAGUGUGUCACCACAGCCCGGAGUUCAGCCUGGCCAUUUUGGUCACUUAAUUGCACGCAGGAGCAACAGGGGAGGUAGUUCUGGUAGUCCGUACUCUGGGUCUGGGUCCUCAAGGCCUCGACACAGUUUUACUCCACACAGCGGUUUCAAACGUGAGCCCGAGUUUGGCAUCAAUGAGAACCUGUCUGACAUAUUUCCUGAUAUUGUCAGUAACCAGGUUGUUGUACAGCAGAGUGAUGUUCCCUCCUUUGAGCAACGUGCAAUGGAGGAUAUGCGUUAUUCUCAAAUGAAUAAUUUUGGACAUCAACAUAACCAUCAGGCCAACAACACAACAUCCAGUACUAACAUCAGCAGCAAUUUGGCUGUGGUCGGACGUCCACCUCCACCUUAUGAACAGGCUGUGGUUCAGAAUAACGGCCAAACACCAACCUCCCAGCAACAACAGAUGUCACAUAUGCCAACGACACAACACCCGCACAUGCACACAUCACCACCACAGCAGCAACAACAUGUGACACAACCUCUCCAACAGCACAACUUUCAGCACAACAAUAUGGUACCGCAACUUAACAACAAUACUAAUAAUAUGGUGAACAACAGUAAUAUUAUCAAUGAAAAUAACUUCUUGAGCAGUGACAUGUGUGAAGAUGGAGAGCUGGAUGAGAAUGGAGAGAAACAAAACAUGUGUCGAUGGAUUGACUGUAAUCUCAUGUUUAAGGAACAGGAUGAACUUGUUCGUCAUAUAGAAAAGGCACAUAUUGACCAGAGGAAGGGUGAAGACUUCACCUGCUUCUGGUCAGGGUGCCAGCGCCGCUAUAAACCCUUCAAUGCCAGAUACAAGUUACUCAUUCACAUGAGGGUACAUUCUGGGGAAAAGCCAAACAAAUGCACAUUUGAGGGAUGUAACAAAGCAUUUUCGCGUCUGGAGAACCUUAAGAUCCACCUGCGGUCCCACACAGGGGAGAGGCCAUAUGUUUGUACACAUAUAGGCUGUACCAAGGCUUUCAGCAACUCCUCGGAUAGAGCCAAACAUCAACGAACACAUCUCGAUACAAAACCUUAUGCAUGCCAGGUUGCCGGCUGCAACAAACGAUAUACUGAUCCAAGUUCCCUGCGCAAGCAUGUGAAGAACCACAAUCAGAAAGAUCCACAGAUUAAAAAGAAGAUGAAGAAGGAGGGAGAUUCGCCAUUGGCCGGUCAUGGCAUGUUGUCCAACUGUUUAACAGUACAACAACUUCAUGUUGACAAUACACCGACAGAACAACAAGAUACCAGACAAGGUGUGACUGGACCGACCACUGACCUUUACACUAUCGGUCUGUCGGACCAUUCACCAGGUCCAGUAACCAUGGGAAGUCCAAUGCCAAAUUCCAACCUUAGCGUGGUGGAAGAGGAACAAGGAUUUGGUACCUACUCUCCUGUGCCACCUCCGACACAAUUCAUGAGCAAACGACCAUUCCCAACAAUUCGUCCUCCUGGCUUGCCAGCUAGUAUGCGCCAGAAUAUCGCCCCACCAUACCAUGAUCCAAUACAGCAGCAAUAUCUGGAUCACAUGAGUAACAUCUAUGAUAAUAACAAUGGCAACCUCAAUGCUUACCCACCUGGUGGAAUGGAUAUGCCAAGGGCGAAUUCAGGCUUUAUGGAUAUCCCAGAAGACUAUAUUCCCAUGCCUUGUGCUGCUGAGGAUGCACAGGCCAAACAGUACCUUCAGCACAGAGCCAUUGACAGAUGCAACAGCAGACUCAGUGCCAUCUACGCAGAUGGGACAAAUUGA